GCAUUGUCCCUUGACUGAGAGGAGAUCGAUGAAGUGAAACAUCCGACGGCAUUGCCCCUUGUAUCAGAUUUUGGAGGCGCUUAGAGGGUCGCUUGGAUCUGUUGAUAUUGAAUAAGGUUCUCUUGGUGGGCACAAGUAGUCAGACAAUGAUCGGCAGGCCAAUAGUUCCUGAUGCAGCAGUUCAUGCAGUUGUUGAAGAGCAUGUUAGCAUGGACACAGAUGAAGGUGGUCUUCGCUACAGCGAUCAUAUUUAUCAUGAAAGAUUACCAUCAGAUGAAGACGAAUCAGAAGAUGAAAUGUCAAUUCGGUUUGGUAAAUGCACAGAGGUAACUGCGCGUUCAAAGGAGGCAACGGGGAGUGGAAAACCGGCUGAAUCAACAGAACUGAGGAAAUCACCUGGAAUAGCACAAGAGGACAAAACAUUACCUGAUGUUGGUGUUGAAAGGCCUGAAUUUGUGAAACAUACGGGGGCUGCACAGCUAAAUGGUAAGCAUUUUGAAGACCUUACAAUGGACGAUAUGAAGGCAGUAUACUUCCCAACCGUACAGGAAGCAGAGAAGUUCUUGUCAUUGUACUCACGAAUACUUGGUUUCAGCAUACGGAGGGAUAGGUUGCAGAAGGAAGGCAAUGACAUGGUGGUAAGGAGGCAGUGGGUAUGUUCAAAACAAGGACUGGCAAGUAUGAAGUCGAGCGAGCAUAAAGGUGUGGAUAAGAACAAAUUUACAAAGCAUCAGACCAUUGGGGAGCAGAAGAAAUCGAGGAGGAACAUAGUACCUAGGGGAAGGAGAUACACAAGAGUUAACUGCCAAGCUGCAUUCAGUGUUAGAUAUUGCAAGGAAAAGGAGCUAUACCGCGUGACAAAGUUUAUACAUGAGCACAAUCAUGAGCUUGCCAUGUCCCAUGAGGUUCAGUUCUUGCGAUCAAACCGAUAUGUUGAAGACAAAGAUAUUGCUCAGGUUGAGUGCCUUCGUCGCACACAAGUGUACACUAGUAGGGCUUAUGAGCAUCUGGUAGAGCAAGCUGGGGGACACGACGGUGUCGGCUUCAUCAUAAAAGAUCUGUACAACAAGAUUGCUGAGAAGAGGAAAAAUGCUGAGCUGGAUGGGGAUGCACAGGCCGCAUUGACUUGGAUGAACAUGAGGGGAAUGGAGUCACAACAGUUCUGCUGCAAGUACAGUUUGGAUGAAGAAGGCAGACUAGCCAAUUUGUUUUGGAGGGACUACCAAUCAUUUUUGGACUACAGCGCAUACGGUGAUGUGGUUAUUAUGGACAGCACAUACAAGACAAAUAUGUAUGGAAAGCCACUUGUUGUAUUUGUUGGGUGCAACAAUCAUAGAGCUACUGUUGUUUUUGGAUUUUCCCUUAUACGAGAUGAGAGGGAGGAUACGUACACGUGGGUGUUCAAGAACUUCCUUGAAUCCAUGGAACAUAAACAGCCUUCAUCGAUCCUAACCGAUGGUGACGAGUCAAUUAGGAAUGUGGUAGAGCGAAUGAUGCCACAAGCUCGGCACAGGUUAUGUGCAUGGCACAUUGGCAGAAACAUAGGGGAGAAUGUGAAGGAUGCUGCUGCUCAGAAAACCAUUGGGAAAUUGAUUUAUUCGUCAAUGACUAUCAGUGAAUGGGAGGCUGCUUGGCACUCAAUGGUGGUCAGAAAUGGGUUGUCGGACAAUGCAUGGGUUACAAGCUUGUACAACAAACGGGAUAGGUGGGCGGAAGCAUUCUUCAAAGGGCAUUUUUUUGGAGGAAUGUGCAGUACCCAACGAGUGGAAGGCAUGCACGCAAAGCUGAAAAAAGAGAUUGGGAGGCACACUAGACUAUGUGAAGUUAUGCCAAGAAUGGAGAAGACACUUGGGCGCAUGCGGAACCGAGUAUUGUAUGACAACUUCAGGUCCAAAAAUAGUGCACCGGUGUAUGAGACGCACAUGAGGGGGAUCGAGGAAGAUGCAUGUAGGCUGUUCAUGCAUGACAUCUUCAUUAUGAUCAAGUCACAAAUCAUGUUCGAGAGGAGGUUUGUUUUAGUGCAAAAGGUACCCUUUCCUAUCAAUGACACAGUGAUAUUCUAUCUUGCCCAAUAUGACAGGCCUGAACGACGGUGGUGUGUUUAGUUCCAUGGUGACCCGGAAAA